CAAGCUGUCUAAAUUCUAGAAGAGAUUUCGGUACCCGAGAUAGUGCAAAUUCAUAGCGAUAGUCAGAGAUUCAGCCACAACGACGGGAUAGGCGAUGGACUGGAAAGUUUUUGUAUCAGUGGCAAUUUUGAUGCCUACCGCCCUUAGUCUUCCUUUAGAAUUCUGUUGUCCGAGCAACAGUAUUUCUUCCUCUAGGUUGUUCGGUCUAAAAACGUUUCCGCCAAUCACUGUUCAGGAUUCCGAGAUGAAGACGUACGUUUAUCCAACGAUUACGAGUCCGGAAGCCCAAAAUUCAGCGGUGGUACACGAAGAAUCAUCCUGUUGCAGCAACAAAAGCGAACGAUCAAAAGCAAAGAAGAAUGUCAUCAAAUCACGCAUGAAAUUGCGUACGCCCACGGGAUUACGUCGAAUCAAACGAUUUCCUAUUCAUUUAGAUCCACUCUACCAGUAUCGCUACCUCGCCCGAUCAGGCCAAUGCCCAACAGCCAAAGACGGCCAGCCAGAAUUCUAUUGUCCCACACCAGACCGAAAUGGAAAUUGGCGUUGCAUAGAUGAUUUCCAGCUUUGCGACGGUGUACGCCAUUGCCCAAAUGGCGAAGACGAACUUCCUGUUUCCUGCCUGUUCUAUCGAGUGGUUGAAACUCAUCUUUUGAGCGUCAGCCAACGGCUUAACAGUGACGAAAGCCGACAGCGAGGUGUUCCUCACUAAACGUGUACUUAUCCUGACGUCUCAUUGUUUAAUUGGGCUGUUAUCACCCGUUAUUACGGUUACCUUCAUCCUUAAAUGAUUGUUGUCGACCAUAAGACGAUGACAAUGACAGUGGCAAUGUGAAGCGCUUAAGAACGCUGGAGAUCAUACGGUACUUCCUGGACAAUGAAUUUCCUUUUAUUUUUCAAGCCAGAAAUUCUGCUCUAAAACCGUCAAAUUUUUUCAUUUUAUUUUAUUUCAAAUUAAAAAAUAAUAUAUAAUAAUAAUAAUAAUAAUAAAUGUUCAAAUGA